ACCGACUGACACCCUCUACUUUCCAACUUUUUCUUUUUUCUUUAUGGAUAAUAAGUCCCAAAAUUUUCAGAGACUAUUGAGAACAUGGAGAGAAAUUUUCAUGGAAGAAAACAGCAAAAAGACGAAAUAUCUGUACAAACCUUGACGAAUCUCUCUCUUUCUCUCGUAUAAAGACAAAGAAAGGAGCGGCGGAUUAAGACUGUUCUACCGACAAGGAAUCACGUUUCUACUAUAUAAGAGCAAAGAAAAAUUAGACACAUACCUGAUUUCGAAUUCCUCGCCAUUUCCCACACUAACUCACACCGAAACAGAGAGAAAGCAGAGCUGCGAAACCACUGAAAUCUCGACCAAAAUUUUCAUCUUUGAUCCUUCAAAACCCAGAAGAAAGCACAAAAUCAUGUUACCUGAUCGCGAAAACCUCUUCCGAUCAUUCACAUUCUUCGCGAUCAUCGUCAUUUCGAUGUUGUUGACAGUGGAGACUCGUUACCUGCGGCCAUCCGAUCACGGCAUCGAUUAUCAGAACAAUACUACAGAAGUUGAUUCGCCGGAGAUGAUGUCAUUCUUCAAUGGAGAUUCAAAGGAGUUACCGGAAGCGAAGAACUCGAGCGAGCCACCGUGGAGGAGUAUCGGAACUCCGGCGACGAUUCUGAGGAGAGAUGAUGGAAGAGGGAAAGAUAGAGUGAGAGAGACGUUAUUGAUUGCCAGCUUGGCAUGUGGGACCGUUGGUAUAGCUUUUAUGGUUGCAGCUGCUUUCCUUUAUAUGUUUCAGCAGCGACGGAGAUCAUCGUCAUCACCAGUACCACUACCACUACCACCAUCGUCGUCCAAUUCGUGUAAGGAGAUUGUGGUUCGUGAGUGAUCUUAGUUAGAUUCUAAAUUAAUGGUUCUGGGGAUUUCAUUGGUGAGGAUCUAUGGUAAGUUGAGUGUUGUAAAGAGCCUUGGGCUGGUGGUGGCAAGACGUACUUGCUGCCAAGUAUUUUUCAUGGCUUUAGAUUGUAAUGGAAUAUUUGGCAUCAUAUUAAUCUAAAUUGUUCAUUGAAUUUUCAGAAA